AGAUGGCGAUCGUGUUUGCAAAUCAAUCUGUGAUGUUUAGUUUUUCGUAGAAAAUUGUGCUUUUUAUUUAAAUUCAUGGAAUAUAUUUAUGUUUAUUAGCAAGUUAAGAAGGAUUACGUCUAACGCAAACGCGGCAUCAAAAUGAGCUACGAAGUGUCGGAGGAGCCAGAUCUUAUCGAUCUGGACCUGAGCAUGGGUCAGUUCAACACGACUCAGUCGAUCGAGGACAUGAAACUGGACAAGAAUAUGGUGUGGUUGCUGCUGUCGUUACUCUCCUCGAUCGUUUGGGUGGUGUACAUCACAUUCUACAAUUCACGCGUUUUCGGCUACUUUAUCACCAAACUCGUCAAUCGGCUAUUCAUAAGAGAUGCUUAUUUCAAGAUUGGCUCGCUCAAUGUAAACCCUCUUGCCGGAAAGAUUAUGUUUCGAGAUGUUGUUUACGUCAACUAUGACUACACGAUUCGCGUGCAGGAUGGCUAUUUCAUAGUCCGUUGGUGGAGAUCGUACGUUCCGAAAGAUGUAUCGGAAGACUUGUCCCACUCGGACACGAGACUGUCGGUCAUGCUGAAUGGAUUCGAGCUGCAUGUGUACAAUCGAUCGGAUCUGUACGCCAAACUGGAGCGAACAUUCGGAUUGAAGCCUUCGAUUCUGAUGCCAACGGACAAUAUGAGUGCCGAAGAAAUUGCACGUUUCAAAGAGCGAGCAAUGAACUAUGAGAAUCAACGGCAGAGCAACGAACAGCAAGCCAAGGUGAAGAAGCCGAGGCCCGAAGCCAUGACUGCUACAACGUGGCGUGAUUUGAUUCCGGUGAUCAAGAUUGACAUAUGUUCCGGAAGGUUUGUGUUUGGAAAUCGUCUGACGCCGACAACGCUUUCGAUUUGGGUAGAAGAGGCGCGCUGCGUCUACAGCACCAAGCCAGCAGUGUCCAAGUUGGAUCAUUUUAUGCACAUUGUCAAGGCGAAAGUCGAGAAUGCGAAAGUCCUACUAGCGCCAAGUCCUAAGUAUACAGGAUUGGUUGACGAACCACCUCGAUAUAUGGGUGAGGGAUUUGUUGUCAUGAUGUCCAACAACAUUCAACUGUAUUUCUACAUGGACGAAGCCGGCGUUGUUCCGGAGGAACCGGUAACCUUGACGCUUGCAAAUGGAGACGUAGUGGAAGCAGCUCCACCCGUUUGGGGAAUCGACAUCAAAUGUGGCAAAGGCACCGAUUUCAGCUACGGUCCAUGGGCAGACCGUCAAAGGGAUAACUUGUUCAAGUUCUUUUUCCCUCCAGACUACCAGGCGAUGCAAGUGACAAAACCACCGAAACCUGGCGAUCGUCGAGAAAUGCAAUCCUUUGACAUAAAUCUGUGCACACUGAACGAAGCGACAAUCGAUAUUCUGUUUUCUAAAAACAAAGAAACAAACGCUGUUCAUGUGAACAUCGGAGCCGGUUCAUGUUUGGAAGUCACCCUUCCUUGGAUCACCCUCCAGGAUGGCUUCACAACCAAACUGACAGGGCAAUUGCUACAUGUGGAAGCUACAACUAGUCUGCAGUACCGAAGUCUCGCUGAAUGUGAAACGCUACAAUUCAACGUUAAAGUUCACUAUCCAGUCCGCUGGAACGAGCACCAAGAAUGGAGUAUAAAUCUGACAGGGACCAAAGCAACCGCCUACAUCGUUUACUCCCACAAAUACUUUUUCGCCGAUCUAAUCGACGAUUGGGCAUCCAAAACUCGACCCGACAUUCUCAGUUUCGUUCCGUACACGUGGAAGUUUGGUGUGAUCCUAAAAGAGUUCGAAAUCAUCACCCUGAGUAACGAGUUCAACUGGAUCGACUGCUCAAGUACGAAUCAGGAAAAUCACCAUCUCGCUUUCUGUGGUGAUCUGUUUGAUCUCGGUUUCACCUUACCGUUCGACGAUUUCCUCCCUUUGAAAAUCCCCAUCGUUUUCUGGAUUCACGGCGAAGGCCUGGAUCUCAGCAUGUAUCUCCCGGAGCAAUCCAGUACUAAACCCAUUCUAGUCGCGCUGGACAAAAACGCUCACAUCCUGACACGUGACGGCAGCAUAAAAAAACGAACUGACCUGAUUACGAAAAAGUGGCGACGGGUUUGUCUGCGUUCGGCCGGUUGGAUCGACUGCUGGACCGUUCCGAUUGUAGCUCUCUCUAUCAAAUACCUCUACCAUCCGAUGCCACCGCUCGGGCCAGAUCCCCAAGCGGACAUCACCACUCCCGAGAAGGAGGAGAUCCUGCUCAGUCCUAUGCGCAUACCGAAAAUGCGAAAAUCUCCAGCUAUCACGUGGAAUGACGCCGGACAGCCGCGAUUCGAUCCCACCAGUUUACCUCCGGAUCAAGUAUCGGUUGACGUUGAGAUCGGUUCUUCCAUAAUGCUCGCAUAUGGUGCUAUUUUGAGAAAUUUUAUUCAUCUGAAAGAGAACAUCUUCGGGGAGGAUCAAUCCUUUACAGAUAUGGAAAACUCGAACGCUAAAUCAAGCUCAACCGGGCGAAGCGGAGGUGGUGGUACUAAAUCAACUAGCUCAAAAGAUGAUCCGAAUAAAUCCGUUUCGGAAACGAGUGUCAAUGCGGACGAAAAACCGAAGCGAUUCGAUCCGAGACUGUAUCGUCCAUUGGAGGUCAUCGUAAACGUUACGAUACACGAUCUGCAGGCGCAUGUGAUAAAAAAUUGCAACGAAAAUGAUCCCCCUUGUCCGGUGGUGUUAAUCGAGCGGCUUGGAUUCGAGAUGAAAAAGCGAUUCCACGAAACGGAACUGCAGGUGCUGGUUAGUCCAUCGUUUCUCAUAUCGUCGGACAAUUCGAUCCGCCCAUCAAAGGACAAACACCUGAAGCAAGGCCACUUGCUGCUGUCGGCUGUGCAGGUUCGUGGACAUGCCAUGUUCAGCAAUGAAGGCCGCCAGCUAGACGAAGAAACCCUCGAAUACGCUUGGUUGCUGGAGGUGCAACUGGGAAAGCUGUCCGGUAAGAUGACCCUUCCCCAACUGUGCAACGUCGUAACCGGGUUGGAAACUUUGGCCUUUCUAACGAUGGAUUCGGAAAAUGAACUCAAGUCUCCAAAAACCGUCCGCUACUGCCACCACGGAAUUCCUACCAAUGUGUGCCCCCAUACCAAAGAAGAUGCCAAGUACCGCUGCCCAUCGACGGAGGACAUCAAGUACCGAAUGACCCGUGUAGCAAUCGAUGCGGUAGACUUCUAUCUGAUGGAAAAUGGCACCGCUCUGCACACGUGGAUGUCACCCAUUCGAAUCGCCACCUGCAACCUACACGGCCAGCAGGUGAAAUCCGGUGUCACCGGGUUGAUUCCCACCAUCCUUCUGCGGCAGUUUGUUUCCACCGGAGGACAUUUCAGUCACAGCAAUGGAAACUCACACAGCAACACCAACACAACUGGCAGCAAUCGAUCCGCCAAGAUUCGCCAUCAAAACUCCCUCAAGCAUGAAUCGGAGCAAAAGGACGAUACAAAUCCACUCUACAAACGAGUUGAUGAGCCGGGUACCAAGCAGAAGAAAACGUCCGAACAGCAUCAACAGCAAAUGCCGCAUGCACAUCGGCGCGAUUCCAAAGAUGAUUCGUACGGAUCGUUACCGAAUCGACGUAACCAUGAAUCAGAACAUUUCCGACGAGAUAAGGAGGAAGUCUACGCAUCUAUUCAUUCCACCACCCGGAACAGCAACAGGGAUAUCGAUUCGACGGAAACUUGGCUUGAGGUGGGCUGUCUCUCGCUGGGACCCGUAAUCAUUGAAGCUGCCUCGGCGUUGCCCAUCCCGGAACAUUGCUUGCAUUUGGUGCAGCACAACUAUCUAAAACUACACGACGAAAGAAACAAAAAACUAUGGUUUGUGUGGGCCAACAGCAGUGAUCCGAUUCGUUGCGGGUGCGUCGGAGGAUGUGCCUUCUUCGGAUCCAAUCGCAAUGGGCCUCGUUUUUUUAAACCUUCGGCCCAAGAUCUGCAGGACUUUAUCAACAUCGCCCGGUACCACAUUCAUCCGAAUCCACGCGAGUAUGGCUUCGGCCAAAGUCUACUGCACGACGAGCAACUAGUGUUCCACACGCCUCCGUACAGCAUGCAACCGGUUUCGCUGCAGGAAUGCUACGAUUAUGUCGGAAAACCGAAUCUGCGCCCAAUGCGACACUGUCCGGAUUCGAAGUCUCCACUGCCGCCUAAGCACGAGUCUUUCAUGACUCAGAAGCAGUGCGACGUUUCGCCUAAUAGUACGAUGAUACGAAGCGGAGGGGACAAAUCCGGAAAGUCAUCAUUGGAACGGGUUAAGGAAAAGGAUAGUGGUGGUUCACCGCUCAGCGCUGACCGGAGCAGAGGAAGACGCUUCUCAUACACCAGUGCAAGGCAAAAUACCAUUUCCCACGAUGUGCCGUACUAUCGCCUGCUCGAGUCCAGUCCAAAAUUCAACAGCUCCAAGAUAUCCAACUCCACGAGACAGGACUCCGAAUCGCGACUUCUCACGCCAAAGGCAAUUAAAGUGCAGGCCCCAAAAACCAGCGCAUCCGAUUCGCGUCUCACGAUGGAGUAUUUCCAGGGUGAUGACACAGCUAGUGUGCUGGAGGAACCUACAGAAUUGUCCCAUUCAGCACCCCAGCCGCACCCACUGGAAUCAGAUUCGGAGCACUCGCUCAGCCCCAAGGUAGCGGAGGAUGUCAUCAUAAGAGAUGUGCAACGAACGGUUUCCCUGACAUCGGAGAACCCUUCGGAGGCAUUCUUUUCCGCCGAUGAAGAUCUGCAUGCCUCACGAAGCUCCAGCCUGAAGGCUACCGAUCUGUCGACUAUGAUAGCUAAGAAAAGGUUUGCUUCCGAUCUCAGCAUUGUUGGACCUAACGAAAUGGAGGGAAAACUGUCGACACAUCGGAGUGACUAUGAGAUUCACACUCCAGAACAUCGCAGUCUUCCGUUGAGGCCUCAGUCAACAGCAGAGCUGAAUGAAGAGGAACGUCGGAUUCACGGGCUCGCUACACCUCUGCGCAAGUUCAGUAAUAUCUCACCACGACCCGAGUUCCGACAUUUCAAACCGGUUUAUGACGUGGACCCACACGAUUCGUCCGAAUCGCAUUCACUAUCUUCAAGUUCGUUCAUCUCGGCACUUUCCUCACAGGAAGACAUCACAUUGGUCAACCUGCAUAUGCAAAUCAAUCGACCGAUCGUUGAUUCGCCACUGCUGAUGGCCAGCUAUGUAACCCAUCUGGCGCAGGUUCGGUGUUCUAACUGGUCCCAUUGCUCGAUGCCCCUAGGAGCAGACGCAUUUUCAAUGCCACUUUUCCAGCAGAACGAAGAUGGUGGGUUGGUUUACAUCGGUGGUAAACUGGUUCCGCAUUUUGAUAACUAUUCGCACUGGCGAGAAGUGAAAAUCAUAUCGCGUUACGACGGAAGUAGCCAACAGUCAUCGGCAUCUGGAAUGUCCACGUUGCCUAAGCCACACCCAUGGGACCCGAGUGUGAUGGUACGCGGUAGCUUCGAGAAGCACGAGAGCAAGGAAAACGAAAAUGAAUUCCUGAGCUCGCAAGGUGAAACGGCCACUCGAAAUUCGGUGGUGAUUCGGUUCAAAGGUCAAGUGGAUGUCAUGCUAACGCCGCUGCUUCUGGAAGGUUUGCAAAGAAUGAUCGAGUCCCUCAUUCCGACUCUGUCUACCCUGCACCCCUUGACGAUAAUCAAUGAUGUCCAUGGUUCAUGCGUGCGCAAGGUUGAAGCUGUUAAUAUACUGAAACGUGAUCAAUCCCUAAGCUACUGGUCACAGGUUCAUUCCAAUUCGAAACGCUCUACAGCUGAGCGUAAUCUUCAAGGUCCAGGUGGUCCAGUUUUGACGGAUGUGUACGAGGAAAGCAUCUCUACCCAGCUACAAGGAUUGAUUGUCCUACCCAAGGUCAAUGUGACACUGAUUCAAAGCUCCGUGAUUGAGGAGGUCAUUUCCUUUGCUGCUCUGGACAAUGUUCAUGAAUUGAGCUGUGCCUCAUUGCUGGCGGUUUGUUUCGAAGGGGUGUCAACCAGAUUCCAUCUAGGAAAAACAACGAAAGCUUCAAUGCAUACUGUUUAUACUCAACCCACUGUUCGCACCGGUGGUCUGAAGAAAAGUGGUCUAAUUCGAGGAACAAGGGCUUUGUUAGCUCAUCUUUCCUCUCAAUCUAGACCGGAUAACAUUCCUGGCGAGCCAGUACUGUUGGAAACGUCGGAAAAGCAAUUGGAAGAACUCAUAAUCACGCUGGACGUGGGGAAAGCACACGCUCAAUUGAGAAGACUGAAGAAUGACCCAGUGGUCAUGCAAGACUCACAGAUUGUUAUUACUGCGAUUCCUGCACACAGGAGCCGUGCAAUGUUUGAUUGUACAAAGAUUCCGGAGGAACCUGCAACGGAUGGAAGUUCUGGUAUGGGGUACAUUAUGUUUGAAUGCGGUUUAGAAGGAGUUAGUGUAAAAAUAGUUAAAAGAUCUCAGUUUGAAAAAUCCGAAAACGCCGAAGAGGGUCUCAAACCCGCUCCUGAGCCUAAUCAUUCAGAGGCUAAUCAGAGCAGCAUUACUGGGAAUAACCCUCUCAACCUAGUAACACUCUUGAACGAAGCUGGUGGAAGCAUGGCUGCUGAAGCGUUGGCGAAAAUCGGAAUGAAAAAGCCUUCGACUCCGAAGACAGGUACUCCGAAGGACAAAAGUGCACCGGUCUAUGAAGCUCGAUCAAAAGAAAAGCUCAGCGAACCAAAAACACCUCGCGAUCGAUUCGGUCCUGAUGAAUCGGAUCAAGGCAAAGAGCAAAACCCUCAGAUAGGAUCUAAUGGCGGAGAUAAGGCUAUGGUCGCUGCAAAGAACGACAAUGGAAAGACAUCAUCGUGUGUUGUUGAUUUUAAAACGGUAUGGUUCAAUUUUGCAGCGCCACCUCGAACUCCAAUCACUAGAAAAAUAGACUACUCCCGCUUGGAUUGGAACCUGCUCAGUACAGCAUCGCCGGCCAUCACAGCUUGGAUGAAUCCGAGCAACAGAUUUGCUAUCAAAAUUGUAGCACUGAUGCGGGCAAUGUACGUCAGACGCACCGCUGUCAUGGUAGCCCUAAUGGCUGAUGCUUGGGAGCGACAAACUGUGCAUCGCCCACUGAAAAGCCGUUACCCAGGAAUGUUCACUCCACUGGCAAAAACCCUACAAGAAGAUCCUAGCUGCUUACUGUGUACAAUGUUGCAAAAGUACGUGCUAGAAGAAACGGUAGCCAAAAUCGAAAAUGAUCUCAAGCAACAGUAUGUUCCACAAUUGGGUACUCUAAGACAAGCUGUAAUCGUACUCAGCCGGCAAUGGAAGAAUGUACUCUACAAUCCGAUGUUGUUCGAGCACCAAUACAAAGGCAAACUAAACAAUCCCAUCAGUGUAACUUUUGCUUUGCCACAAGAUGAGGAUGCGGAAGAUACGGAUGACAUAGAUGCUGAAAACUAUCCGGUGGGUAUCAUCGAAAAUCAUCCUUUGAUGGAUGAAGAGAACGAGCGCACAAUGCUGCUGGGUCAAAGUGUGCAAACUCAUCCCCAUCCAAUGGCAGCCGGUUCCCAGCAGCAUCAUGUUAUCAAAAUACCCGAGGAACCGGUACAGAUCCACGUAACCAAGCUAGGAGACUCCCUUAACACCUCUCCCAGUACUAACAACUCCAACAAACUUCGGAAAAAGUCAUCGGUAAAGAGUUUUAUUCCUCCAGCAGCGCCAUCCUCGCGAUCUAGCAUGCAAAUGUUUCCGAUCAUUUUUGACAAACAUGAUCCCCAGAUUGAGUAUGGUGCCUUGAAGGAAGGGUCGCUGCCCUCGGUAUGCAGUUCUUCCGAUUCGAUGGAUAAGCCGUGGACUCCACCGCCAAAUCAGAAGGAAGAUCUCUACUCUUGGAUGGCCAAACAACAGAAUGGCAAUUCAAAGAACCAUCGUGAUAAGGAUAAGCUAGAGACUUCCCGUCAAACAUCGAAAAAUCGCCCAGAGAUUCAUUCAAUCAAGUUCAUGAACGAAAACAAUCGCAUCCUCGAUGCGCAUCUCAUCUUCGAGCCGAUGCUAACUUGCCUGGGUGUUAUGCCGCAACAGAUGAUCAACAACGUUUCAAAUACGGAUGUUUCGUCGUUGGACAGCCUCGGUACUAAUCUGUCGUUAGUAUGCUCGUUCGAUACAAUGCGAAUCGAUAUAGUGGUAAGCGAAGCGGGUGAUUCCAAGAAGCAGAAAACCAAAGUGGGUAAGAAGGGAAAUGGCAAAUUUACACUGAUAAUGCCAACAGAACAGCCUGCCUUCCUUUGCGAAAAUGUCGGAGUCGAAUUGGAGCUGCUGAAAAUGACGGACAGAUUUCCUGAUGAUGCAAAGCAGUACAUGCUCUAUGUAUCAAGAGGACAGCUGAAAAAACACACCAGUACUGUAAUUAAUUUCAGCUUGAAUGUACGUUACCUAUCACAGCAAGUAAACAUGCCGCUACUCCGUUUAUUACACCAAAUCACCAAUAUGUAUCAGAAUGUGAAGGAUGCCCAAAACGAGAUGCGCGAUCAUCCGGAACAUGGUAAACGAAGUGUUCCCUUGAAGGACGAAUCUAGUCUGGCCUCGGAGAUGAAUGAUCCAACCUUAAUGGGUUCGUUGAACGAACCGUUGAUGUCGCACAUUGAUAAUACAAUCUUUGACUACGCGGAUGAACGCUACGAUAAGUUCAACGAAGACAUCCCGUUCCGCCACGAGCUGCGACAUUCGGUGAGUAGGUCGAAGAUGCCAAGCCUUGGGCCGUUGAUUCCGCUUACGCCGUCGCCAAGUGCUCGCAACCGGCCGCAUAGUUUUGCUCAGAAACUCAGGAGCACCGGCAAGUCUGUCAAAGGUAAAUUAGGAUACACCAAUCUAAAUGAAACUAUACAGACGCCGAUUAAAGCUAGUCCAACGGCGUUGACCUUUGCCGAUGCUGUCUCGAGAAAUUCGUUGGAAGCAAAAAAUUCCAUCACCGGUGGUCUGUCCAGCACGUAUGGUGGACCAAAUGUUAAUGAAGCUUUUGUAGAUAUUACUGCUCCAUUCGACCGUUCAACUUUCACCGGACCGAUCCACAGCAUGCUCGAUACGCCAAAAUGCUGGAAGACGAUCUACCAUUUGUUGGAUCUCUACUCAGCAAUGCCGGAAACCAAGACCAUUGCUCAUCGUGUGUCAUUAUCACCGGACGCCGCCGGGCAAAUCAAGGCGCGUAAGUAUAACAUCAUGCACGAAACCAAAUCCACCGUUCGUGAUGAUGAUGAUGUUGGCGCAGGAACACCUCUACCAAAAGAUGUCGGUGUUGUAGCCCAAGAGCGUACCAGAUUGGUAGUGUUUGGAGUCGCGAAAAUUCAUCGAACACGACUUCUCGCUACCCUCAGCGGAUUGAAAUUGGAGGCGGAAAUAACAGCUCUCCAUUGCAGCACCACGUGGCGAAAGAAGUCCCGUCCGGCGUCAUUGGAAUGUUCCUUGACUGGCCAGGUUGGACGCGCCAUGAUAGUGCUGUUGGAGGGCCUCCCUCCCAAUCAGCAGACCGUCGUCAAAGUCACCAUCGGUAAAAGUCAAACCCUGUACUCGAGUAUAACGCGCAAAGGAAAGGACAAGAAUAAUGGCUUGCUCUCGAUCGGUAUCGUCAACAUUGACAUUCCGCAACAUCCGGUUGCUUUGCAUGGAAUGAUGACACGAGGUUCUAAGCAAAUUUCAUCGACACUGCAGGAGUUACGAGUCACCAGAACUUCUGGUAGAUUAGCGCGGCAGAACGAAGAACCAGAAUCUCCUUUAAAUCAUCAACGCGAAACUCGAGACAAAGUUCCUACCGCUAGAAAGCAGAGUGUGACGACAACGAAAGCGGCAGCAAAUAAUCCAAGUGGUUUGUUGCAACCCUUGGUAAUGCAGUUCAACGUCAUUCUACAAAGUUUGUCUGUGACAGCAGCGCUUCUACCUUCCCUUCAAGCCCAGUAUAAAAUGGAUCACGUGACAUCAACAGGUGUAACGGGUAGUAAGGCUAAGUUCACCGUAGAUCUACCGAACCAUACACUCAGUUUCACUACAAAAGCGCAAGCAACAGAAACAAAUCUACCAUCAGAGGCUUGUAUUGCCCUGCCACCCGUUCAUGUAAGCGCUGAAUAUAUUCCUGAGAGUUCUUCUGAGGAAGCUCCUAUCGAUGGAGUGGUACUGCGACAGGGAGGCUACCUUGCAGCUUCGGCCGAAAUAGGAGUUUUUGAACGCUGCCUCUCAACAGAUUUACUAAAUCACUUGGUGUUCGUGCAGAAGGUAUUCAUGAAGGAGGUAAACGAGGUUGUUCAAAAGGUUUACGGUGGAGAAAAGCCUGUGCCCAUUUGGUUGGAGGAUUGUGAGGACAGUGGAUCUCAUAUCAAAAGGUUACUGUUUUCGUUGAACAUACGAGUCAAACGGAUUCAACUGACUGCUACCACUCCUUGCAAUUCGGCAGUGAGAUUCGAAACUGGACAGUUGGACUUGCAUCUGUCAAACCGUGUAAAGAAUAUGGCCGAAGGAUCAAAUACCAAACUGUUUGGUAAAGCGCAAAUCGAUCUCAAUCUAUCUCUUGGCCAAAUAAUCAAAAACGUUAUAUUUGAUGAAGCCGAACCUGAGUUUCAGCAGUACGCUUUCUUCAAUACAACAAUUGGCUUACGAAACGCAUUCCAAGAGGAAAUGUUGAACGAUGAUAAGGAACUAGUGUUGAUUAAUCUGAAACGGCCACUUAUCUACGUACAGCCAAUCGCUGUUGACAAAGCCAUUUUAGUUUGGCUAAACUACAAAAAUGCGUAUGAGUAUUGGACGGAAAAACGCGCCAAUCUCAACAAGGAAGUUCUGAUGGCAACUCAGCAAGUAUUCGAGAAGGUACCGUUCGAAAAGCUCAGUCAACAUCUGGCAACUGCCAAUUUGUCUACAUUAUUCCUUCGGUUGACGGUAGAAGACAUGGGAAUAUGUCUACCGUUGCAUCAACCUCCUCAACAUUGGGGUAACCGAUCGGUUAAUGAUUUUGAACAGAAACGAGCAGUUGUCAUAACAUUAGAAAAUACAAUGAUCUCUGCGUGCAGCUGCGGCUCUCUAGUGUCCGAGGGAAAGUUCGUAGGGCUGUGCCUUCGCUUUGCUGAGGAUUUCGAUUCGUCUUUGGACGAUUGGAAACCCAACAUGAACGAUGCCAAUAUCAUGAACCUGUGUGUUGUUUCCGAAGGAACCUAUGAAGUGUGUUCACGUACGAUUGCGGCUAAACAUCCGGAUAAUGCCAAGUGGUUCCUGAAUGUAAAAUGGCAGAUGGAAGGAGUUGAUAUCCAUCUUGAUGUAAACAUAGGCAAGCAAUUGUCCUCUUUAGGUCACACCUUGACCAUGCUGACAGGUUCCGAAGAUGAAGACCCGAUUUCCUCCGAUACUCCAGACAGUGAUGAGGCCGAUCAAUCAGAAGAAAAUCGAGCCUCACAGGAGUGUGGUGGAAAGGGACGCAAAUCAAUUGAUUCACUGCCGCCAUUUUUGUUCGAUACUACACUGGACCCCAAGAAACGAUCGUUGCUGAUGGAAAAUGAGAUAGCAGAACAAACGAAAACGGUGAAUGAUUUGCGCUCACUUGGUGCUUCUUCGAAAACGAUCGAGAACGAGGAAAGGCGAUUGCAAGGGCUGCAAGCUAUAUGCUACAAAUACUUCCGUAGAGAUAUGCUACAGAAAUGGAAAAGACCAACAAUCAGGAAAACGAUGCUGAAAUCUACCAACCGUUCACGAUCAUUCAUUGCCCCAUCCCCCACUAGGGAAGAUCUGAUAGAACAGAGUGAAUUUUCCACAAUGAUAGAGGUUACAGGGAACGAAGUCCUGUUGAACAGUUUACAAGAAUCACCGAACACCGGUCCAUCGCGAACUGCUUCAUUGAGAGUGAAAAUACCACAAGCCAGCCGCGUUACAUUCACAGAAGCCAUGCGACAAUCUUCGCUGCCGAGUGCAGAUUCCGAAGCCGGAUAUUCCGAUUCUGGGUUCGAUUGGCCACGUUGUGACGAAUCGUCACUGGCUUCGGAUACUCCCGACUUGCUGGAAAUAGACGGCGAACAGGUUGAGUUGAGAAAAAAAAGUCCCAAUCAUCCGCAGAAGCAACAAGAACCGAACAUCGACUUUGAGUUGGACAUUAAGGUGCUGGUCAAUUCAGGCAAGUGCGUUUUGCACACGAAAGACGUUACGGAUGAGAAAAUGUCUACAAGUGUAAGCAGCACAAUUAAGCACCAUAAACGUGAGAGGAGCAUCGGAACCGAUUGGGGCAGUCCAGUUCCGCCGAGGAGAAGCAAGGAGAAAACGAGAUUGAAAUACAAUUCUCCGUACACCGCUCUGGUGGACUUGACCAUAUUCCACAUACCGGGAUUGGACGUCAAGUUGCAGUACCAAUCGCGAAUCAUCGACGACGAUGCUUCGCCUCGGAUGAGUACGGGGGAUCCAUUCGGAGCAACCCGUAGACAUGGUUUGAAGCGAGCAACUCUAUUCGCCUGGAUGACGCUACAAAGUAUUCCAGAGGAAACUAUAAUCUCACCACAUAUUCUCGAAUUCUUAGAGCAAACCCUUGAACCGAUUCCAUCGAAAACGAUCUCAGUUCCAUCUAAUCCGGUCAAUUUGCAAAUGCUGGAAAACAAUUAUGCAGUCUAUGCCAGUUUCCCUGUCGAUGUAGUGGUUUACUUCCAUAUGCAACCGUCAACGUUCCGUUUCUCGUGUCUGCCUGUGUCACGUGUUGAAUGUAUGUUACAGCUUCCAAGCUUGGAUAUUAUCUUCAGCUCGAAUCGACAAGACGAUGUACCAUCGAACAUAGGAUUGAGUGAAAACGAAGCAAGAUCGGCAGGUGGUUUGAGUGUUACUGGGUGUCUAGCCGAUUUUAACGUAUACAUAUUCCAUCCUUACGGAGGUAAGAAAACGAACCUGAAGGAAUCGAAUCAGUUCAGCCCUCUAGCCGACAGUGAAAGAAAAGAUUCACUCAGCAUUAAUGUGGAGUUUGUGAAAUUCCACAUAACACGGUCGAAGAAAAUCAAUUACGAGACGGGACUUAGCAGAAAAAUGUCUGAUCAGUCCAAAGCGGUGAUCCGUUUCUCUACCAUCGUGGAUAUAGGCUCGGCUUCAUUUAAGUAUGACAUGAGAAGACUGACAGAGAUAUUAGCUUUCCCGAAAGCAUGGUACCGCAGAAGUAUAGUGAGAAGAAUGUUCCUGGGAGAUCUUGGCAUCCCACAGGUUAGUAUGUGUGAUUUGGAAAGCGUUUCGGAAGGAAGCAGCAUGAAAGCAACUGAUACGGAACUGCCACCUGAUCGCCCGGAAACGUUAAGCAGAGACAAACUGAAGCUAAGCUUGGAAGAUGAUUUGCCAAAGCAUAGCAUGGGAAGUACAAGUUCGACAUCGACAACAGCGAAGUUGAGGGAUCAGAAAUCAUCUAGUAUGGACUCGAACACAUCACCGUCGGAUGUCAAUCAGGUCACUUCUUGGGAAACAUUGGUGCUAUUUGCUGUUAACUUUACCAAGCUGAACGUUCAAAUGAACAUGGGUAAUGUAAUGGGAAACAUUGUGUGGCUCACCAAAGCAUUUCGAAGUGAUGGACGGUUGAGCAUUGGCAGCACUGGUCACAAGAACAUGUACAUUGGUGUUGGGUUGGGAGGGUCGUCAUUGGACGCUAAAGGAGGAAUCGUUGGUGGUACAAUUGAACUGAGCAAGAUUGACACAUUCAUCCACAUUCGCGAAGAUCCAGGCUGUGAACCAGAUCAUAAGGUUGGUAUAAAACUGCUUGCGUUGGAGCUUAAAUUCGACUACAUGGGAACUAGCGUUCUGAUGACCAGAAUCAGCUCGCUUAGUGCUCAACUCAGAGAUCAAUGGAAGUUCUCGAAGGAUCACGAUUUCAGUAAUACACUUCCCACCAACUAUCCGGCAAUAAUUUUAAUCCACGGUGAUUUAUCCUGGGAUCAAAUGCAAAUGAUGAUCUCCAAAUCGACCACUGCUGACAUUCUGAAGAUGUUCUACAAGUUGGAAGAGUUUUUCUCGCAGCAAUUCAAAUCUUCGAAGCGAGUAUUCUCGAAUCUCGAACCCCGCCUGACGGUAAAUAACCGCACUAGUGUGCGUCGAAAAGAUUCUACAAAAAAGAAUUUAACCGUGCCCCAAACGGCAGCUGAGAGAGAAAUAAGCAUUCGCGAUGCACGUCAUCACCGUCACUGGCAACGACCGCUUAAACAAACCAAAGGCUUAUGGUUGUCCACGCUGGGAGUUCCGCUUUCCAAUAUAGGAACCGUUCUCGGAGGCACAAUGGAGUUACAUGGGAAAAACAUUUCUCUGGCCUGCUUUCACGGCAUAAACUUCAAAUCCAAGUCGUGGGCAUUGUUUAGCUUGAAAGAACCAUGUAUAAACUUUGCUACCGAAGCACAGCACGUCGAAUCUUCCGAGGAUGUACACGUCAUUCAAACGUUGACAUUCGGUUUGGGUAUGAAUUCUCAGCAACCGUCGCAGCACCACUCGAAUGCAACCGUUGUACGAAUGUCGAGAAAUGUGAUCUUUCCACCGCAGUUCAAAACGCUUCACGAGUGGUUCCAUUACGCUUUCGCCAAUAGUGAAAUCGAUGCGGUUGAUCGUUUCCCGGUGCUAGAACGCGACAAGGAACAUCACACUAACUCGAUCGAGCGUGCCCGAGGAGGUGGUGGAACUUCCUCGACGCACCCGAAGCUACAAGAUCCGAACCACAAUCGAGAAGUGAUAUUUGCGCUACCCAGCCUCCAGCUACAUUUCAAAACAGAACAUAUGCAAGGGGUCACCACACCGGACGCGUCUCGUAAGUUAAACAAACGAAAAUGUUUGCCCGAUUGUUCCUUGAAUGACAUUUUCUGCUUAAUCUUUGCAGAAGAAAAACCCCUCGUUGAAUGCAGUUUCAUAACUGAAUUCGAAGAUCACAUCUUUGUUACCGUUGAUGCGGAUGCAUUCUUUUUCCUUCACGAUUUGAUCACCUCUUACUUGAAAGAGAAGGAAAAAGUGCUGGGAACCAUUACUAGCGCACGUGCCGCCUCGCCGACUCCCCAUUCCCUAACCCCGUCUCCUUCACCGACUCCGGAAAGCCAUGCGUCGUCAUUGAAGCCCGUAAAAAGUGCUAUCAACUUGGGAACUUCUUUGACGCAUGACAUCUCUUCUAGUCCGUCGGUUGCCAAUGGAAGUGCGGUCAAUCUGACCGAUCUUGGUGCUUCUUCUUCGAGUAUCCGUACUGACGAGAAAUCUACCAACUCAAAAAAUAUUCAUAUCAAAGUAGACAAAUCCGAUGUUGAGCUUCCAAUCCGAACAGAUUGGCGUCAUUUCAACUGCAAAACUUGGCAUUUAGAGCCAACCGUGAGACUACUUUCCUGGGCGGGCAAAUCCAUCGAGCCAUAUGGAAUCGAUUACAUUCUAAAUAAGUUGGGAUUCAGUCACGCUCGUACUACUAUACCGAAAUGGUUACAACGUGGUGUGAUGGAUCCAUUGGAUAAGGUUGAGGCUAUGCUAAUGUUACAACUACUGCUCAUGGCAAGGGAAAACGAUACGGAUGACAAGGAAGCAGCAGUAUAUAAAUAAAAGGUGAGGUAAGACUUAAAUUAUUCACAUGCAAACAAUUAUAAACUGAUAAUCAUAACAAAAGAUAGCAAAUCAAUGCAACUGAUACACCACAUGGUAAUCAAUAGUAGAGGCGAUAGCAGUAGUUAUUAUUCAGUGGUUCAAAUUUCCUAGUCCGUGCUUUAAGCAGCAUCGCAAUAGCGCAGAUGCGUAUAAAAUUACACAGCUUUUUGUGUACCCACUGUUAUCUAAAUGUAACCACAAAUUAAUAUUAUUAUCCAUGUUCGAAUAAAGCAAUAA